UGGACUAGUAUUUAAGUGUGUGGAGAGUUGGUGUCCUUCGAAAAACAUCAAAGCCAUAGUUACAAAAACAUAAAACAAAGACCAAAUGAUGAGCUCUUCCGAGCUAAUGGAGAUCCUUAUCAUGCCUAUACAAACAUAGCUUCAAUCACCUCCAGCAUUUUUUAUUCUGAUAGCCCUUCUUCCUUUUUUAUGGUUUUACUAUCAAUUUUAUUGGUGUAACAAACAAGAAAAAAAGAACAGCUCCAUACCAACAAACUGGCCUAUCGUUGGCAUGCUUCCAGCCCUUAUUCAGAACGCUCAUCGGAUUCAAGAUUAUGGGACUGAAGUCCUUAUUGAAACCGGAGGAACUUUCGAGUUCAAAGGCCCAUGGUUUGCCAAUGUAGACUUUGUUUUUACUUGUGAUCCGGCAAAUAUCCACUACAUCUUGAGCAAGAACUUUCGAACUAUCCAAAGGGUCCCGAAUUUCAGAAAAUGUUCGACAUCUUAGGUGAUGGCAUCAUCAAUGCAGAUGGUGAGUUAUGGGACCAUGGGCUACUCUCCUCAUAGCUAAUUGGUUUUGAGGUAGAACCCCAUGGACGAUCUAUAAAAUCCAUAGGAAAGUUACUUUCUCUAUAUUUCACCACCCUGAUUUCAAGAAAAUUCUGGAGGAAAUGGUUGUGGCCAAAAUCGAGAAAGGGCUUCUCCCAUUGCUUGAAAAUUAUGCGAAUCGAGCUUCACAGAUAGAUUUGCAAGAUAUAUUUCAGAGGUUCACUUUUGACUGCUUCUGCAGAUUGUUUCUUGACCAUGAUCCAGGCAGCUUGUCCUUGGAGUUACCAUACAUUCGAGCUCAAUAUGCUUUUAGUGAUGGUGAGAAGGCCAUCCUUCGGAGACACUGGUUGCCGGAAACUUGCUGGAAGCUUCAAAAAUGGUUUGGAAUUGGGAAAGAAGGGAAGCUAACAGAGGCUUGGGAUGAAGUUGAUCAGUUCAUCUAUCCUUGCAUUGAGAAAAAAUUGGAAAAACUUACUGCUUCUUCCACUAAUAAGCCAGAUGGGAUCGUUCAAUUGGAAAUCAGCAUUCUAAAUUCCUUCAUUCAGGCCUACAAAUCCACUAGCUUGAGUUCAAAAAGUUAUCCUAAGAUCACAAAGACAUUUAUUAGGGAUGCUUUUUUGAGCUUGCUUGCCGCCGGAAAAGACACCAUUAGUACAUCUCUUUCUUGGUUCUUCUUUCUCCUUGCAAAAAAUCCUUUAGCAAAAGAAAAGAUUCUCCAUGAGAUUCAAACUAAAAUAUCAUGCUGGAAGCAUGAUCAGAAGGAGGAGGAUCAUCAUUGUCAUCAUCCGUGGAAUCUGGUAAUUUUUAGCUUGCGUGACGCUGAACACCUUGUAUACCUCCAUGCUGCUUUAUGUGAAACCCGUAGGCUUCAUUCACCAGUCGCUCUAAACCACAAAGCGCCACGAAAAAGCCGAUGUUCUUCCCAGCGGUGUAUCUAUUAAUGCCAACUCGAAGAUGAUUCUGUUCUUCCACUCCAUGGGAAGAAUGGAGUCCAUAUGGGGAAAAGAUUGCUUGGAAUUCAAGCCUGAGAGAUGGAUUUCGGAGAAAGAAAGAAUAAAACACCAGCCAUCUUUCAAGUUCGCGGCAUUUAACGCGGGACCAAGGGCUUGUUUAGGAAAGGAGAUUUCUUUUGUUGUGAUGAAAAUGGUCGCAGCCUCCAUUAUUUACAAUUUCCAGGUGGAAGUUGUGGCAGAUCAUCCUGUCACCCCUUGUGAUUCUAUCGUUAUGGGGAUGGAAUAUGGUUUGAAAGUCAAGCUUCAUAAAAGAAUCUAAAGAUUUGGACGAAG